UGGCAUUCCAAUUGUACAAAAAAUUCAACUUUCUGCAUAUCUGUUACUCUUGUUUUGAAGCUUUCUCAUUCGAUGCAGAAAAACCCCCCCAACAACUUUAUUGCUCGCUUCUUGUAUUAUCAUUUUUGAUAUUAGGCGCUCCAUCAUCUCGUUGUAAGCUGAUAGAUUUUUGAUGUUUUUCACGAGAAUUCCUGGAAGUGGCUGGUUCAACAGUAGUCGAUCAAGAAGUCUAUAAAAUGGACACUCAUCGCGCUUGUCAAAGUUCUUUCUAUUCCCCGACCUACAUUUCAAGGUCUUGUUUGCCUCUGAGAUUGUCUUUUUUUCUUGGACGAAACGAACCCAAGGUGGGCCACCCGACCAUCGACGUGUUCGGCUCGUGUUUGGCAGGUUGGGUUGACCUGCGUUGCAUGGCACUGCGUAGUCCAACCUGCCGACUUGGUGGGUUCCUUGGGACAGCAAAGGCCAAUCAGAGUUUACAGGACUUAUUAUUUACAUUCACAUUUUGCUACAGUCUACUGCCAUACUGGUUUGUUAUUUUUUCAAUUUUUCUUUCAUUGACUUUGCUUCCCCAACUUUUUCUUUUCCAUUUGAUCUUUUUAGCAAUCUUUGUGAUUUUUUAGUUGAAUAAAAUUGUGUAAAAAAUCUUGGAUUUUCAUUUUACUGGAUAUGAUUCGGCUCUGUCAAAAGUGUGAAUGGGACAACCAAAAAGGAUGAUUUUGUUUCCGAG